UGGCAACAGUGAUGGCAGAGACGUAAACAAGACCCGAGGAAGGAGAGGAGGAACGGCACCCACUUCCCUCAUUUCACUCACUUUACUCACCUCACUCGGCUCUCACUCGGCGCCCCUUCUGCCCAGCGCUCGGCCUGACUCAGCUGUGGACUCGGCGGCGGGGUAUUCCUGCAGACGCUUCAUUUAUGAUGACUUUGUAUGAUGUCCUUGGUGUUAGCCAAGAUGCUAGUGAGACUGAGAUUCGCCAGCAGUAUCAGGAAUUGGCAAGGCAAUAUCACCCAGAUAAGUCUGCAGUUGAAGGUGCCAAGGAAAAAUUUGUGCAGGUGACGGAAGCAUGGCAUGUGCUUGGAGAUUCUCAGAAGAGACGUGAAUAUGAUGAUCAGCUUAAGAGAGAAAAGUUGUAUCAAGAAUUUCCAGUGAGUGAAGAACUAUUCUUAGAGGACCUUGAACGUGACCGUGAGGAGGGUGUCUACUUGCACCAUUGCAGGUGUGGGGGACACUACACACUGGCUGCGCAGGAUGCUAGAAAUUCAACAGAGAAGGAAGUAGUUGUAGCCUGUGACAACUGCUCCUUAAGUAUUCUUGUCUUACUCAAUUGCGACGAAAAUACUUGAUAGAGGAAGAAUUAAUGGUGUCAUAAUACGAAGCUGUUUCUUCUCACCUCUUCACGCUUCUUGUCUGAUAUCAAAGUGAAAUCAAAGGUGCAUCAUUAGGCACAGUUUUGCAGUUGUGUGCGUGUUGUUGGAGAUCUGGCCAGUCUUUGUAGAUUUUCCAGAACGAAUUCCUUGUUCACCUCAUAGCUAGCUCGUUAGAAAUCAACAUUAUCAUAUAUUUUAGGUUUGCUUUCAUUCUUUUACAAGUCAUCCUGUACUGUUGUAGGCUUGAAUAGGUAUUUGGUGUACAGCUUGCUUGUCUCCUUGGGCACAGGAUUAGCUGCUCCUCUUUUAGUAGUGUUCACUGAAUUAAUCAUUUAUAUACUUCACAAUGAUUUUGAUAGGUGCAGUUUUUUGUUUUUUUUCUCAUCAGCUAAUGGAAGGACUUGUACAUCUAAAGCUGUUACUUGAAAAAUUGUGUUGUAAGUAUGAAUAGCUCAAUCAGUAAAUUAAAUGUAUAAUUUUCAAAGUUACAUAUUUACUGCAUGAAGUAUAGUAAGUUAUAGAAGCAUUUUAGAAAUAUACCUUGGUGUUUGUAACUUCAUUAUUGUUCCUGUGAUAUUUAGUUUGCAGAAGAAAACUAGAGGAAAUAUUUACUAGAUAAAAAAAAUAUUAUAUUGCCAUUAUGUGGCUCUUAAUACCUUUCAUGAUUUUGCAUUUGUAAUCGAAAACUGGAACUCAGUUGAUACAACAUUAUAAUUUCAAAAUCAGAAAUGAGGUAUGCAACCUCAGUUGAAAGGUCUAUUUCUAUACUAUCUCACAUGCCUUGGUAAUUCAAUCAUCAUUACCUUAUAUAGUUCUCUAUAAAAUUUAAACAUGCAAGUAUGAUAAAAAGACAAUUGAGACAAAUAAAAAUCAAGCUACAGCAUUAGAUUUUGGAAUUUCAUAGAUGAUAAAUUAUACUACUAAAAGAGAGUUGUUAACAUUUUAUAGGUAAUUAUAUGAUAAGCAUAAUGGAGACAGAGGUUAAAUGUCAUUCAUUCAACAGAGCCAAGUCCUUGCAUGUGUUUCUGUAUUUGGUUCUGGUCUUGGCACCUUGAGCACAAUCUGUAAAUUGAAAGUUUGGCAGAACAUGAAGAUGCAAAGGAAAAUGAAAGCAGAGUUCCUUAGCAGUACAGUUUCUGACCAUAAGGCUAUGCAAACAUCUAAUUAUUAAGACAAUAGAACAGGCAGUGUACAAUCUGGAUGAAAUGUUUGUGCCUUUCCAGAAAAAGUACUACUAUCUGACAAAUGUAAUGUGUAUUUGUACCUAAAUGAAGAGAAAAUUCUCCUUAAAUCAGCAGGUUUGUGUGAAUUGAUGUAAUGAGAAGCGAAUAGUAUUGCUAUGCAUAGUUUGUUUUCAAAAUUUUGAAGAAGGGUCCACAUCUGUAAAUAUGAAUAUCACUUAUAGAUAUACAUUACACAUUAUUGAAAAUAGAUUGCUAUGCUAAAGUUACCGAGACAAAAGAUUUCACAUUUAUUUCAGUUAUUCAUUAACAUUGCUUAAUCUUUAACAUAUUUACCAGACAAAUUUGAUAAUAUUUAUAAUUGCAUUUGUAGGAAAAUGUAAGUAAAAGUUUAGGUUGAGAUCUAGAUUUUUAAGUACCAUAAUGUAAAUAAAGUAAAUAAUUUCCAGUUUUAUGAUUA